AUGGCGUCCUACAUCGGCUAUUCGCCACAAAGGACGACCCUCUUCAAGGCGGAGCAGGAGGUUUGGCGACCACGGAAGCAGUACAUGCGCCUGCGGCAAGACAAUGAAGUGCGCUGGGGUUCCACCCUGCAGAUGAUCUUGCGCGGGCUGGACCUGCGCGAUCCAAUUGAGUCCUACAUUCGGCACACAGUUGUGAGCAUACCCUCGCCCACCUGCCUUGCUAAUUCAGCCGUGGGACCCAAUGCUCCAGUUGAUGCGCCACCGCUGCGCCUCAUGGCGCUGCGCAUUUCUGUUGAGCAGUGGGACGCACUUGAGGAACUUGCAAAGUUCCUCAUGCCCUUCAACGCUGUGACUUUGGCAACGGAGGGGUCCCUGUACCCGACUGCGAGUCGGGUGGUGCUGCAGUACAACGAGCUUAUGGAUUCGCUCGAGAAGAUCAGGGACAGCACCACCUCCCCUCCCUCCGUGAUCAUGCGGAAGUGCAUCGACGCUUCCUUGGGCAAGCUGCAGGAGUAUUACUACAGCAGCAGUGAUGAGCUGUGUGUCGCUACCUUCUUGGACCCGGCAUUCAAGCUCGGAUACUUUGAGCUUGAGGACGGGAGCAGCAACAUGGGCAGGGCGGUAUCUCACGUGCCCUCGGAGGAGGUAGUGGCUCUUGUGCGUGCGAAGUCGCAGCCAUACAAGGAGAAGGUGCGGCGCGAGCGAGAGGCGGCUACUGGGAAGGGAAGAGGGGAGCUGAUGGUGGUGGGCUUGGGCGGGACUAGCAGCACAGCAGCUGGGGGGAGUGGCAGCUGCAGCGGGACGACUUGGGGGGGCCUGAACCUGUUUGGGGGCCAGAAUCAUGAUUCGGGAGGACUCGUGGCACGCCUGGCGGCGUUGCGUGCGAAGCAGGCAGCAGAGAACAAGGAUGAAAUCCAGAUUUACCUUGAGGAGCCCAUGCAGCCCCUAUCCACAAACCCCCUUGCAUACUGGCGUCGUAGGGGUGAUUUGGAGGGGCUGGAGGCUAUGGCAAAGGACUACUUGGCCAUUCCAGCCACCUCUGCUGCCAGUGAGAGGCUCUUCUCACAAGGUAGGAACCUCAUCACAUGGCAACGGCACAGGUUGGGUGCUGAACGCGUGGAGGCAUGCAUGACCUUGAAGUUAUGGAUCGCUUCGUACCCGGGCACCCCAUUGGGAAAGGCCGCCAAGGUGGCCAUGGUGGAUGACAAAGUGGGAGUGGACCUGGAUGAGGAGUUUUGA